UUGCCUAUUUGUGCCAUUACCCAAGUGCAUUGGGGCCAGUGAUUGCCAUUUGUUUACAGUUACUGCGCCUUCCUUUUCCAUAUAGCGUUUUGGCUAUCCAUUAACCCACAUUUAUUGCCAACUAACUUGCAUAAUUAUAGUCAAGGUCAAGUAGCAACAACAACAAGAUCUAGCAGAAGGCACGACCCUCGUCUUAAUUGUGUGCGCGAAAAAAGAUGCAACACAGCAGCGCGUAGGCAACGUACUUGUACCUUUUCCUUCCGUGAAUCUUUGGCAUCUCAUCGCUCAACAUGUGCUGCAAGUGCUGCGGGGAAACUCAACGCAAGGCCUGGGUCUUUGGCCUUGGAUCGCUCUUCAUGAUUCUGGGUAUCCUUAUCGUGGUCUUUUGGCCCGGUUUGGCCGACCAUUUAGUGGAGGAUGGUCUCAAACUGAAGCCAGGCACCGACACCUACGACAGCUGGCUUGAGGCUCCGAUUCCUAUUUAUCUUAGCUUUAACAUGUUCAACUGGACGAAUCCCGAGGAGAUACGCAAUCCGAACGUGAAGCCCAACUUCGUGGAGAUGGGUCCGUACGUGUUCCUCGAGAAGCACAAGAAGGAGAACUUCACCUUCUACGAGAACGCUACAGUGGCCUACUACGAGCGUCGCACCUGGUUCUUUGACGCGGAAAAGUCCAACGGCACGCUGGAUGACAUGGUGACGGCUGCUCAUGCCAUCACCGCUACGGUGGCGGACGAGAUGCGGCAUCAGAAAAAGAUCUUGAAGAAGAUCAUCAACUUUAUGCUGAACCACGAGGGCGGCGAGCUGUACACCACGAAGCCCGUGGGCGAGUGGAUCUUCAAAGGCUAUCAGGACAAUCUCACCGACUUCCUGAACCUGUUCAACACAUCCGUGAUCGACAUUCCCUACAAGCGCUUUGGCUGGCUGGCGGAUCGUAACGAAUCCCUGACAUACGAUGGUCUCUUCACCAUUCACACGGGCACUGACAACAUCGCCAACGUGGGCAAGCUGACGCACUGGAACGGCAAGGCGGAGACCGGGUUCUAUGAAAUGCCCUGUGGCGUUGUGAACGGCACCACUGGGGAUCUCUUUGCCCCCAAGAUGAAUGUGAAAGAUGAGAUCACCAUCUUUGCCACCGAUGCCUGUCGCUUUAUGAACCUCAGGCCAGAGGGCACUUUAGAGAACCAUGGCCUGACUGCCACCCGCUGGGUGGGCACUGAGGAAACCCUCGAUUCUGGCGAGAACUAUCCGAAUCAGGCCUGCUUCUGCGAUCCCCGCCUCGAGGAGUGCCCCAAGACGGGUGUGGUCGAGUGCAAGGCCUGCCGCGACAAGGCGCCGAUCUACUCAUCCUUUCCGCACUUCUACCUGGCGGACAAGCACUAUCUGGAUGCGAUAACUGGCAUGAAUCCGGACAAGGCGAAGCACGAGUUCGUCAUGGCCAUUGAGCCGACCACGGGAGUGCCCGUCCAGGUGCAUGGCCGCAUUCAAAUCAACAUGAUGAUUGAGCCCGACGAUGAUUACGAUAUCUAUCGAGGAGUUCCGAAGGUGCUGAUGCCCAUGUUCUGGUUUGACCAGUAUGCAGAGCUCUCCCCCGAGCUGGCCUCCAAGGCCAAGUUGGCCAUUAAUCUGUCAUCCUAUGGCAUCAUCUUUGGCUAUUCCCUGGUGGGCUUUGCCAGUCUCUUCAUCAUUACAGGCGUCGCACUGACACUGACCAAGCGGUGGGUGCGUCGCGAAGAUGACGAGGCCAUGCUGACCAACUGAGGAAGCAUUGGCAAGGCCUUAGCCAUAGUUAUUCUUAAUUGCCAAAGUGCCAGGACAAAUUAACACUCCUAGUUCAUUUUGAUAGUCGCAUCGUUUGUUGUUACGCGUUAUGUAUUAUGUAACUUGCUGAUAGCUAGUAGUCGCCUCAACAUUCGUAUUGCAUUUUGUGAUAACAAUCCAUAGCCCCUAACUCUUAGUCUAUAUACUAUUCUAUGUGCAAUAACACGAAACACCCACAAGCUGAGAUUACCUUUACCUUUAUCCAAUUCCAAUUGCAACUGCAAUUCCAUUUGAAUUUUUCAUUUUAUUUCGCAAACAUAAUUUUUACAACUCUUUAAUCAAGGACUUUGUUUUUACUUAUCGUAUACGAUUGUUGGAUGCUUCAACGAUUUGCUUGCUUUAUAAAUGCAUUAAUUGAAUGUUUUGUUGUAAGAAUAAUAAAUUAAAAUACAAUAAUUUUAUAUGUAUAUGUAUAUAUAUAUAUAAUGGUUUAUAUAUAUGUAAGAUAUAUGGCAAAAAUUUUUACAUUUUCUCAAAAAUCACAUUACUCAAUUUAGCCAUAGACUUUUAGUCGAGAAAAAUCUACGCAAAUAUUUGUGACAUCCAUCGAAAAACUCGAAAUCAUUUUUGCACACACACACACAUUCUCAGAGGGUUGGUUAAUCGACAAAAGAUAAUAAAAACACAAAAUGGAUACAAAA